AUGUUUGACUUCGUCGGUUUCAUCAUCCUUUCCGCUCUUGGGAGCUUCUUUACAGCUCUCGCUGCCUCGCCCAAGAGACAAUGGAAGCUCUGGUCCCUCGCGUCAAAGGCUGUCUAUGCCAAACCACAGUUCUUCUCUGCUCCCGAGGCGGAGCCACAGUCCGAGGAUGCCAAACUCCUCAAAGAGAUCAAUAACAUGGCCGACUGCCAUGAGACGGCGGCUCUUCUGGCGGACUUGAUUCGCAAGGACGGUGCUGGCUGUUGGCCACCACGAGCCGAGCAUGACCACACGGCAUGGCCGGCAGCACUCCGCCCCUACCGGGAAAUCUACGAGGAGGUGGCGCCUCUGCUACCCACAGAGCAUGCCUCGCUCGACGAUGAAGUCAACAAAGCACGCAUCACCAACUUCCGUUCCCGUCUCCAACAAUUGCUCCGUGAACGCAUCGAUCUCGCCCAAGUAGAAGAACUCCUCCAAGCAGCAGAUGCCGGACGAUGGGACGUGUUCCCACGAGACACAUACAACGCCUUCUACGCCUGCGUCGCCUGGUGUCGACACGCCUACCGAUGGGCCACCAUCCCCGUCGUCCGCCUCGCGCAACUCGAAAAGACCCUCCCCCUCCCGCAGGAACUCAGCCUCCCCUGGGGCUAUCUCCAACACCACUUCGGCCUAUCCUCCGAAUCCGGCAACAACACCUCCAACCUCGUCCUCAACUUCACCCCCACCGGCACCUACGCCCUGCAAAUCAACACCGGCCUGCCCCAGCGCAUCACGACCUCGGAAGAAGCCUUCGCGCGCGUCUUCCACGAGGUCGAGGUGCUGGGCCUGCCGGUGUACCACGCGGUGGUGUCCGCCGUGCUGGCGCACGCGCGGGGGGACGUGCUGGGCUGCUUGGUGCAUGCGCGCCGUGUGGCUGACCAGCUGCGCCCGCUGCUGAGUAGCUACUACGAUAGGGUGCAUGAUGCGCGGAUUGCGCGGUCGGCGUGGCUGUCGCAUGUGCAGGGGUUUUAUGCGUGGGGGUUGGGGUUGAAGGAGGAGGAGGGGGAUGGGGAGGGGGAGGGGCAGGUGGCCCCGGGGGGGAAGGCGGUGGUCAAGUUUGAUGGGUUGAGUGGGAACCAGGUGUUGUUGUUUCAGGUGCUGGAUGCGUUUUUGGGGAUUGAGCCGUACCUGUCGGAGGAGAAUCUGAAUAGGAACGUGCCGGAGAAGCAGAGGGCGUUUUGCAGGGCUGUGGAGAGGCACUCGUUUCGGAGCCGUCUUGGACAUGAUGGGGUGGAAGGGCAGAUCAGGGCGGAGUUGGGGGAGAUUGUGAAGAGGUUGAGGUUGUUUCGCACAGCUCACAGGUCCCGGGCGAAGGCGUACUUGUCACAGCCUGCCCCUGAACGACUGCCCAUGACGGCGGGCAAAUCGCUGCUCAAGGAGGACAUGGACCAGAGUUUGGAGUACCUGGAUGAGUUCAUGGUUGGCAGACUGGCUCAAACUGUCUAGGCCGAUUAAUUUCUUCUUUUGGUCUUCAUUGUAACAAUACUAC